UUUCGUUACGCAAACUGGUAGUUUCAAAGGUUUCGUACAGCAGUUGGACUUGCGAGGAAAAUUAAACGGAAUUGAAAACAGUCAGCUCACUUUUAGCCAAACAAGGAAUCGUCAAAGGCCGGCCACCAUCAUGAGCUUUGGGCAUCGGAUUUGAUCAUUUAUUACCGGCAUGACUGCUGCUGCUUUGUCUGCUGUGGUUGUCGCGGUCUUCUUCCUGGUCCUCUACCUUCUCCAUCGUUAUGGAGAUUUGAAGAAGCAGCAGCGCCUGGUCCUGUUAGGGACGCUCCUGUCCUGGUACCUCUGCUUCCUCAUCGUGUUCAUCCUGCCACUUGAUGUCAGCACGACCAUCUACAACCAAUGCAUUCAUGACUUUUCAAACCGCACCUCCUCUGCAUCCCAGAGCGAACAAGCUUUGUUCCAACCUGCAAGUGCGGCAAACUUCUGCUUGAAGUCCUGGAGCUACAUCCCAGAUGGCGUCCUGCCGGUGUUUUGGAGAGUCGUGUACUGGACUUCCCAGUUUCUCACAUGGCUGCUGUUGCCCUUCAUGCAGUCCUACGCCCGUUCCGGAGCCUUCUCCAUUCUGGGGAAGGUGAAAACAGCUCUAAUCCAAAAUGCGAUCUAUUACGGCACCUACCUCCUCAUCUUCGUCGUCCUGCUGAUCUAUGCGGCCGUUCACCUCCACCUGAAACUUUCUUGGACAGGGCUCCAGACCAUCGGUAUCGCAGCUGCUAACACCUGGGGCCUGUUCCUCUUGGUGCUGUUGCUUGGCUACGGCCUGGUGGAGAUCCCGCGAUCUUAUUGGCUCUCGUCUUCAAACGAUUUCCUGCUGGCCAAAGCUUACUUUAAGGUAGCGAAGCUGGCAACUGAGAAAGCUGCAGCCGAGGAGACCUUAGCAGACGUUAUGGAGGAGGUCAGCGACAUCGACAGAUCUGUGAGGUUCAACCACGGUCUCAGGAAAUGUGUGGACACCAUUCUGACAAAGUGUCCCACGAGGUACCAGGAAGAGAUGGGAAGAAACGUGGAACACUCCGGCCGCGAGGACGGCGCCGUUCCUACCAAACGCGGGCUGAUCAAACUUCACGAAAAGGUGAUUUCUGCAGUGCAGAGGCACAGCCAGGCUCAGGUUCAGUGGUCCCUCUUGUUGGAUGAGGCCCUUCAUCUGGAAGAUGUGGCUAAAAGCCAGAGCAGUGCGCUACGAGUCAUCACCAGCAGCCCCACCUCGAACCACCUGGGCUGGUUCCGCAGAUUCAUCUACACCCCGACUGUCGAGUGGUACUGGGAGUGUGUGUUCAGGAAGACUUUCUGCAGGCUGCUGGCGGUGCUCCUGUCUCUCCUCUCUGUAGCGGUCGUCUGGUCUGAGUGCACCUUCUUCAGCACGCGCCCCGUCCUCUCCCUGUUUGCCAUCUUCAUCCAGAAAGCUGAACAAAACGUUUUUAUUGAGAUGGUGUGCUUUGUCAGCAUCCUCUUCAUGUGCGUGUGCGUCUACUCCACGGUGUUCAGGAUACGGGUCUUCAACUACUAUCACCUUAUACCGCAUCACCAGACCGACGCUUACAGCCUGCAGUUCAGCGGCAUGCUGUUUUGUCGUCUGACUCCUCCUUUGUGUCUCAACUUCUUGGGCCUGAUUCAUAUGGACUCUGCCUUCUCACACCAGGACAAAAUACAGACAUCCUACACCUCUAUUAUGGGCUCCAUGCGGCUGCUGCCGGUCAUAUCUGAUGGAUUCUACAUCUAUUAUCCCAUGUUGGUGUUGCUGCUCUGCAUUGCAACCAUUUACAAGCUGGGCUCUCGCUGUUUAAACCUCCUGGGCUUCUAUCAGUACAUUACCGACGACGACUGGACCUCUGACCUGGUAGAUGAAGGCAAGGAGCUGAUUAGAAGAGAAAGGAGAAUGAGGCAAAAAGCAGAGGAUGGCCAAAAUCGAAGAUGGGCCUGGAGGGAGAGAUAUGGAGUCCAGGCCACCUCUGAGCGAAACCGAGCCGGUUAUACCGAGUUGAGCCACGAGAACAGCCCUGAAACAGAGAUCAGGAAAGGUGUCGCUAUAGGGGAUGGAAAUGCAGAGGAGCUGCAUACAAGUUUACUGCAGGAUAACUCCAGUGAUGAGAUACCAAAUAGAAGAUCCACGACUGGACGUUAUCUGUCUCUGUCACCUUCUCUGACGGGCUUCUUUGAUGAUGUGUAAUAAAACCAAGAUCUUUUGGACAAUCAGAAAGCCAAUAAAUACCAGAAAUCAUAUAAGUUAUUUAGAAUUUCUAUUUUUUUAAGAAACUUUAAAUGCAAGGGACAGAUUCUGUGGAAUGAAAACCGACCCCCUGCCCGGAUUUAAGCACUCUGAGGAAGAUGUGAAUAGGACCUUUUAGUGUCACAAGACCAGAAAAGCUGCAGGAAGGACCUGACAAUGUCUCCGCCUCAUGCCUGAGAGCCAGCACUGACUACUCUUCAUCCUGCACAACCUCGACCACCCAGGGACAAACACCAGGGUCCUCUCUAUGGACUUCACCUCAGCCCUGAGCUGGUCCUCACACACUGUCCCUCCACCUUCCACUGGAGCUGCUGGUCAUCUUCUACGCUGCCGAUAUUCAGUCCAUCCUGUUUGUCCAUCACUGUGUGGUUUUGCUCAUCCACAAAAAACAGGACAGGUCCAGUUAGGUCUGCAGCGAGGAUCUCCUCCAACCUGGACUUGUACAUGUCUUUGGUCGAAGUUACAAGAAAAUUCAAAUACAACUAACAUAGAGGUGUUUUUCCUCCUCACAGGGUGUGAGGGGUGUGAUUUGAUUACGGUCCCUUACUGUGUGUAGCCUAUCACUGGAGAACACUUCAAAGAGUUUUUGUUCUUCAAGCAAGCUUUUGAGUGGAAGGCAGGCUUGGAACUGAGAUUGUAAAUACCAGGAACUGUGCUUGGGAAUAUGUGUGUUAGAGAAAAAGGUCCAGGUGACCGCAAAACAUUGUACCAGAGUUCAGGGGGGUUGGACAUCUUCAACAUUUCAUUUCUUGCAAGGAAUAAAGCUGAUACGACUGAAUCUUCUCUCAUCUCAACAUAAUUCAUUUAAAUUCUCAUUAGUCAGGAAAAGGGCAGCUAGCACCUCUGCAGACCGCACGCAUCCUGCACACAAACUGUGUAGACUUUUACCUUCAGGCCGGCGCCACAAAGCACUGUUUGCCAAAAAUCUGCCGCCACUAAGACGGUUUCUUCCUCCAGGCUGAGGUGAUUCAGAGUAUCCAGAUGUAUACCAUGCCUAUUUGCACCGAUCCAUUCCUGUUUUGUGAAAGUUAAUACAUUUAUAUUCACAAGAAAAGUAUUAUUAUUGACCUCUUUUGUAGACUGUAUCCGGAUAAGAUAAGAUAGGCUUUAUUGAUCUCGCAUCGGAGAAAUUCACAUGUCACAUCGGCUCAGUAUUCAGUAAUCAGAAGAUGCAUCUAAUUGAUGCAGUUUAUACAUAAAACGGAAACUAUUUAAACAGCCAGAUUCUCUUAAUAGUUUACAGAGGGAUUGCUAACAGGGACGGGCGUGUACGACCAGCCCUUUUUGAAAUAAAUGUAUGUAAUUAUCUUUUUUUGGUUUGUUUGUUUUACUGGUAAUAUUUUCCUGCAAAUCUCUGUACCACACAUGCAGUUUCUUAUGAAUACAAAAAGGAGACGCACCAAUACUUUAUUAUGGAUUCUUGUCUUCACCUGACACAGAAGAUGUAAAUCAAUGUUUAACCCUUAACUUGUUUCAUUUUGUAGAUUUUCCAUUUUAUUUUGGAUUUCAUAUGUAUUGUAUUUGAAAAUGGAAUGACACGAGUUUCUCUGAUGGUGUGUUUUAUUUAAUAAAUGUUUGUUUUAAUGUUG